AUGCCUUUCGCCAAGAGGAUCGUGGAGCCGCAGUGGCUGUGCCGGCAGCGGCGCCCGGCGCCCGGCCCGGCGGAGGACGCUAACAGAGGCCCCGCCGAGCCGCCGCCGCCCCUGCAGCCGCCGGGCGGACGGGACGAGGCCGUGGCGCCGGGGCCGGAGGAUCCCACCCGCGCGCCCCCCGCGCCUCCCGGGCCGCCGCCGUUGCCCGCGCCGACCGACCAGGCGCAGCCGCCGCACGGAGAGGCGCCAGCAGCGGGCGAGGAGAGCGCGGCGGGGGUCGCGGAGGCGGCGUCCGCGGCUGGCGAGGCGUCCUCGGCGGCAGCCGCGGCCGUGCUGCUCAUGCUGGACCUGUGCGCGGUCAGCAACGCCGCGCUGGCCCGUGUCCUCCGGCAGCUCUCAGACGUGGCCCGGCACGCGUGCAGCCUCUUCCAGGAGCUCGAGAGCGACAUCCAGCUGACCCACCGCCGCGUCUGGGCGCUGCAGGGCAAGCUCGGCGGCGUGCAGCGCGUCCUCGGCACGCUGGACCCCAAGCAGGAGGCAGUGCCCGUCUCCAGCCUGGACAUUGAGAGUAAACUGAGCGUAUACUACCGUGCCCCAUGGCACCAGCAGAGAAACCUCUUCCUCCCGGCCACAAGGCCGCCCUGCGUGGAGGAGCUGCACCACCAUGCCCGGCAGAGCCUGCAAGCCCUGCGCAGAGAACACCGGAGCCGGAGUGAUCGCCGGGAGCAGAGAGCUACUGUCCCCCUUUCGGUGGCGGCUCCUCCACUGCCAGCCUAUCCCCCAGCUCACAGCCAGAGGAGGCGCGAAGUUAAGGACCGGCACUUCUUAACGUUUAACAGCACCCGUUCGCCCUCCCCCACUGAGUGUUGCCACAUGACCCCAUGGAGUAGAAAGUCCCAUCCCCCGGAGGACGAAGAUACAGAUGUCAUGUUAGGGCAGCGGCCGAAAAACCCAGUACACAAUAUCCCAUCGACGCUGGACAAGCAGACCAACUGGAGCAAAGCACUGCCUCUCCCAACACCAGAGGAGAAGAUGAAACAAGAUGCCCAAGUGAUUUCUUCCUGCAUUAUUCCCAUCAAUGUCACUGGAGUUGGUUUUGACAGAGAGGCUAGUAUACGCUGCUCUCUUGUUCAUUCACAAUCCGUACUACAGCGGAGACGGAAACUGAGGAGGAGGAAAACCAUCUCGGGUAUCCCCAGAAGAGUCCAACAAGAAAUAGAUUCUGAUGAAUCCCCUGUGGCCAGGGAAAGGAAUGUGAUUGUGCACACGAAUCCAAACCCUUCCAACACUGUCAACAGGAGGUCUGGAACCAGGGAUUCAGAGUGCCAAACUGAAGAUAUUCUGAUUGCUGCUCCAUCCAGAAGGAGAAUCAGAGCUCAAAGGGGUCAAAGCAUUGCAGCUUCCCUUUCUCAUUCUGCUGGCAACAUCUCUGCGUUGGCAGACAAAGGCGACAGCAUGUUCACUACUGCAGUGAGCAGCCGUACAAGAUCUCGGAGCCUCCCCCGGGAGGGCAAUAGAGGUGGGGAUGCUGAGCCCAAAGUUGGUGCUAAACCCUCAGCAUAUGAAGAGGGGGAGCCUUUCAUGGGCGACCAAGAAAGAACCCCAAAUGAUUGCAGUGAGGUCCCCAGCAGCCCAAGUGCACAGGAACACCAGCCUGCUUUGGGCCUGGCUUGUUCUCAACAUCUUCACAGCCCUCAGCACAAGUUAAACGAGAGAGGAAGGUCACGUCUGUCCCGAAUGGCUGCUGACUCUGGCAGCUGUGACAUCUCCUCCAACUCAGACACCUUUGGGAGCCCCAUCCACUGCAUCUCCACGGCUGGCGUCCUCCUCAGCAGCCACAUGGACCAAAAAGAUGACCACCAGUCAUCCAGUGGCAACUGGAGUGGGAGCAGCUCCACAUGCCCCUCACAGACCUCAGAGACAAUCCCUCCUGCAGCUUCUCCUCCCCUCACCGGCUCUUCACACUGUGACUCGGAGUUGUCACUCAACACAGCCCCUCAUGCUAAUGAGGAUGCCAAUGUCUUCGUGACAGAGCAGUACAAUGACCACCUGGAUAAAGUGAGAGGCCACCGGGCAAACUCCUUUACCUCCACUGUGGCAGAUCUGCUGGAUGACCCCAACAACAGCAACACCAGUGACAGUGAGUGGAAUUACCUACACCACCAUCACGAUGCCUCCUGCCGCCAGGAUUUUAGUCCUGAGCGCCCCAAGGCAGACAGCCUGGGCUGCCCGAGCUUCACAAGCAUGGCCACUUAUGACAGCUUCCUGGAAAAGUCUCCAUCAGACAAAGCAGACACUAGCUCUCACUUUUCAGUGGACACAGAAGGAUACUACACUUCCAUGCACUUUGACUGUGGUCUCAAAGGCAGUAAGAAUUAUGUCUGUCACUAUGCAGCCCUGGGCCCAGAGAAUGGCCAGGGCAUCGGGGUACCUCCUACUCUUCCGGACUGUGCCUGGCAGGACUACUUAGACCACAGGAGGCAGGGGAGACCUAGCAUCUCUUUCAGGAAACCAAAGGCAAAGCCGACCCCACCUAAACGUAGUUCAUCAUUGAGGAAGUCCGAUGGAAACGCAGACAUUUCUGAGAAGAAAGAACCAAAGAUAAGCAGUGGCCAGCAUCUGCCUCACAGUUCCAGGGAAAUGAAGCUGCCUCUUGAUUUCUCCAACACGCCUUCUCGAAUGGAAACUGCCAACCUUCCCACCAAGCAAGAAUCUGCUUGGAUGAACCAGAGUGAACAUGGUAUUAAGGAACCUCAGUUAGACACUUCAGAUACUCCACCAUUCAAAGAUGAAGGUGCUGAAUCAACUCACUAUGCAGAUCUCUGGCUUCUCAAUGACUUGAAAACAAAUGAUCCUUACAGAUCUUUAUCUAAUUCAAGUACUGCUACGGGUACCACAGUUAUUGAAUGCAUCAAAUCUCCAGAGAGCUCUGAAUCCCAAACAUCCCAGUCAGAAUCAAGAGCCACCACCCCAUCCCUUCCCUCUGUUGACAAUGAGUUUAAACUGGCCUCACCAGAAAAGCUGGCCGGCUUGGCAUCGCCAUCAAGUGGCUACUCGAGCCAGUCUGAAACACCGACCUCCUCUUUCCCUACAGCUUUCUUUUCCGGUCCACUGUCUCCUGGAGGUAGCAAAAGAAAACCGAAAGUCCCAGAAAGGAAAUCCUCACUACAGCAACCCUCUUUAAAAGAUGGAGCUCUUUCACUGAGUAAAGACCUCGAACUUCCAAUUAUACCUCCUACCCAUCUUGACCUAAGUGCUCUUCAUAGUGUCUUGAAUAAACCAUUCCACCACCGUCACCCACUGCAUGUUUUUACUCAUAGUAAGCAGAACCCAGUAGGAGAAACACUGCGGUCGAAUCCUCCACCGUCCCUUGCAAUUACACCGACAGUCCUGAAAUCUGUUAACCUUAGGUCCAUCAGCAAGUCUGAAGAAGUGAAGCAAAAAGAGGGCAACAAUACAGAUCUCCCCUACUUAGAAGACAGCACUCUCACAAUGGCUGCCCUGUCUCCAGGUAAGAUUAAGCCGCAUGUGGCUAAGAAAUCAGUAUCACGUCAGUACUCCACUGAAGACACCAUACUGUCCUUUUUAGACUCCUCUGCAGUUGAGAUGGGACCAGACAAACUCCAGUUAGAGAAAAAACGUACUUUUGAUGUAAAGAAUCAUUGUGACCCAGAAACAGCAACCUCAGCUGGUAACAAUCUUCUAGAUUCAAGUGUCACAAAAGACCAAAAACAUAUGGAGAGCGAGCUUAUUCCGGAGAACACACCAAGUAAAAAUUGUGACUUUCCCACAGAAGGAUUUCAGAGGGUCUCUGUUGCCCGCCCAAAUGAUUUGGAUGGUAAAGUACUACAAUAUGGAGCUGGUCCAGAUGGAGCCCUAGGACAGGUGCAGAAGCCAUCCUCUGCAGAUUGGGAGGAAGCUGCAUACCCUGAGUCUGUGGAUGCGCUCACAGCUCAGUCAAACUCACCAACCAGACCCACAGACAUAAGCAGUCAACUUAAGCAUCAACUUGGGAUGAGCCACCACCAUGACAAAGUGCCUGGGAAUAUCAGCUGUGAAGCAGAGCUAUCAACUGCAAAUUCAUGCCCUGAAAAAUGUUCUGAGCAGGAAAAUAGUGCUUCAGGUAUUUCAGCCCAAAGUGCCUCUGAUAACAGCGGAGCAGAGGAGACCCAAGGAAGUGUGGAUGAGGUUUCACUGAAAGAAUCGUCACCGAGUGAUGACUCUAUGAUUUCGCCACUUAGUGAAGACUCUCAGGCUGAAGCAGAAGGUGUGUUCGUGUCUCCAAACAAACCUCGUACAACUGAGGAUUUGUUUGCAGUCAUUCACAGGUCCAAGAGGAAAGUACUUGGAAGAAAAGAUUCUGGGGAUAUGUCCACUCGAAGCAAAUCGAGGGCUUCUCUUGGCGGCAGCAGCAGCAGCAGCAGCGCCGGUUCUGUCACUCUGCCCAACAGCAAUGUGACCACCCCAAACAGCCAGAGGUCUCCUGGCCUCAUCUACCGAAAUGCCAAAAAGUCCAACACAUCGAACGAAGAGUUUAAACUGUUACUCCUCAAGAAAGGAAGUCGCUCAGAUUCUAGUUACCGCAUGUCUGCUACUGAGAUCCUCAAGAGUCCCAUCCUGCCCAAACCUCCAGGAGAGCUCACCGCUGAGUCCCCACAAAGCACCCAUGAGGCCCAUCAGGGGGCACCUGGGGCCGAGGCAUUGUCCCCACUCUCUCCAUGCUCCCCAAGAGUUAAUGCAGAAGGGUUUUCCUCAAAGAACUUUGCCACCUCAGCAUCGGCAAGGGUUGGCCGUUCGCGAGCGCCCCCUGCGGCCAGCAGCAGUCGCUAUAGCGUCCGCUGCAGGCUGUACAAUGCGCCCAUGCAGGCCAUCUCUGAGGGUGAGACAGAAAAUUCUGAUGGGAGCCCACAUGACGACCGAUCCUCCCAGAGUUCAACAUAGGUGGCCCGGGCCAGGCUGGCUGCCAAAGGCCAAAACCCUUAGUCAUAUGAGGAUGUAGGAAC